AUGACACAUAAAACCAACAAAAAAAAAUACAAUUUUCAUAAAUUUUUGUAUAAAAUUUGUAAAAUAUCACAAUGCCAGUCCGUAAUUGCUGUCAAUGCUGCCACGGCCAGUUGUCAGGACCCUGCUGCGGUGGAGCGUGUUCCAGAAGAAUUGAUUGCGGGACUGGACCAUGCUGUGUGCACCAAGCGGGUUGCUGUAGCGCACCAUGCUGUGGAGGAGGCGGCUGCUUACACGGAGCCCGUUGUGGAGUAG